AUGGCACAAUCAGAUCAUAAUACUACUUUGCGUUUAACCUCUGUCUUGCUGAAUGAUGUCAAUUAUGUAAGCUGGUUUAGGGCUGCUGCUCUUGCUCUUGGGGGUAAAAGAAAAUAUGGGUAUAUUGGUGAGAAUAGUACCUGUCCAGAUGCUAAGGAUCCAAAGUAUGAAUAUUGGAUUGCUGAUGAUCAACUUGUUCGCACGUGGCUUCUUCAGUCGAUGAAACCACAUAUUUCGUACAUCUUCUCGUUCUCAGAAUCUGCAAAGGAUUUGUGGAAGUCUAUUGCUAGUCUGUAUGGCUUACGGAAUAAUGUUGCUCGGGUGUUUGAGCUAAAACGUGAGAUUUCUGAGGCUGAACAAGGUACGAAAAGUUUUACUGAGCAUUUUGGUUAUUUAAAAAAGAAGUGGGAUGAACUGGAUACAUAUCGUCCUCAUACAACUGAUGCCAAAAUUAUCUUGAAGAGGGUUGAGGAGGAUAAAUUCUUUGAUGUGCUCAGUAGCCUCAAACCAGAGUAUGAAUCUCUUAGAAGCACUAUUCUCAUGAGUACUGAACUUCCAAGUCUGUCUAAUGUUUGUGCGACUGUGCAGCGUGAAGAGACGCGUAAGAAAGUUAUGAAUCCUAAUUCUAAAAGCAUUGUAGACCUGGAUGCAGCUGAAUCAAGUGCUCUUAUGAGCUCCAAAGAUGAUAAACGACGAGCCAUGCCAUUUGAUAAGGACAAGAAUUCUCGUGCUAAGGGUAAGAGAGAAGUUUUUCAUUGUGAUCAUUGUAAUAAAACUGGUCACACCAAGGAUCGCUGUUGGGAUAUUUAUCCUCAUCUUAAAGCUACUUUUGACAAAAAUAAGCUUGCUCGAGCUGCUGUAGAUGACAAUUCAUCCUUCACCAUAGACCAAUUGAAGGAUUUCUUUAACCAGUUGGGUAAUAAGACUAAGCCCAAGGCCAAAUUUACUUCAGGUAACCUACUAGCCUUUCUUACUACGCCUGUUUCCAACCGCCAAGUUUGUAUUAUUGAUUCAGGAGUUACAGAUCAUAUGGCAAAUGAUCCUUCGUCAGUUCAUGCAUUUAUUCGCAGCUCUCAUAAAAAUGUGUCAGUUGCUAAUGGCUCUACUGCUCCUGUGAUGGGCAGUGGGAAAGUUAAAAUCUUUAGAUCAGAUAAUGGCACUGAGUUUGUCAAAGGCACUCUUCGAGGUUAUUUGCGUAGUCAUGGUAUUAUCAAUCAAACUAGAUGUGUUGGUACUUCACAGCAAAAUGGUGUUGCUGAACGGAAACUACGUCAUAUUCUGGAAACUACUCGUGCUCUUAUGAUUCAGAUGCAUGCAAAGCAUCGUGAUAAACUGGAUUCACGGGCAACUAAAUGUGUGUUCUUUGGUUAUUCAUCUACAAAGAAAGGUUAUAUUUGUUAUCAUCCACCCACUAGAAAUAUACAGAUUUCUCGUGAUGUUGUAUUUGAUGAAGCAGUGGCUUACUUUCAGUGUGAUUCUGGCAGUCGGUCUCAGGGGGAGUGUUACACAGAUUUGGCACCACUUCCAGUUAUUACUGAGAUACCUACUGCAACAGAUUCCCACAGAGAUAAUGGUGGUGGGGUAGAGUUGGUGGACUUACCUAAUGCAGUGUUGGAUGUGCAUAAUGAAGCAGUUCAUGAAGAAGCUUCAGACAAUAAUGUUAGUGUUACUGAUGAUAAUAUAGGAUUACAAGAUGUGCCGCAUCAAGUUCCAGAAUCUGAGGUUAUGAUUCCACAAGAUCUUCAACCAGUGGUACCAAUUGUCAGAACCUCAAGUCGUGAGAAGAAGGCUCCAGAGAAAUACAAAGACUUCUUUACAUAUCAUUCCGCUGCGUAUCCUAUACAAGCACAUUUAACUUAUGAUCAUGUAGGUUCUUCACACUCUGCAUUUCUAAGUGCUAUAUCUAGUCAUCAAGAACCUAGAAACUACAAUGAAGCAAAGUCUAAUACAAAAUGGAGGGCACCAAUGGAGAAUGAGUUACGAGCCUUAGAUGUAAAUAAUACAUACAAUAUUGUCAAGUUGCCUCCCGGGAAGAAGACUGUUAGAUGUCCAAAUUAUUCAGCAUCUUUCUGGGUAAUAUCUUGCAAACUACUUACAAGAAUGAUGAUAAUUAGUGGUGGUGAUAAUGAGAUUACAGAUAUGGAAGUCACUUCUGGUUGGACUGUAGUAGUAGUAAUAGUAGAAGUAGUGUUGUUCAUAAAGAUGUAA